AGUACAAAAGAGCUAGUGAAGCCGCGCAGGUUGAAAACAAAAACACUUUAUUACGUUUGAACGCGUUGUCUGUCCUCAUACUUGGCCUCAUCGGCGUAGACACAAAAAAGUUAUUUGCAGCAAGAACCGAAAUUAAAACGUAUUGGAAGAUGUCCCUGAAGAAUACAGUUCUGCUUUGGAAACAAUAAUCAAGUCUCUCUCAUUGUCACCAACUUCAACACCCCAAUGUCCUUGAAGACCAUUCUGAAGAAUAUCUACUCAUUUUUGGAAGUGUUACAAAGUGCUCGAUCACCUGAUGUUGAGACAUGGGACCAGCAGGCCUUGGAGAAUGCUUUACAGUGGGCAACCUACUGUGAACAGGUGUAUACUCAGGCACAGUGCAAGCCUUAUAGAGAAGAUUUGAACCAGCAAGUGAAGCAACUUGGAAAACUUCCAUUAAAACUAGGAGAUCUGGAGAUUAACCUAGAAUUACUAAGAAAGGCUACACCAGUGCUUAUAAAGUCCCUUGUUCAGAAUCCCCAGCUAUCAGACCAGCUGCUCAGCAGAAUUUUGUCUGUUGGGAAUGAUGGGUCAUCUGCCUGUGAUAUUUUGUCUUUACUCUCUGAACUCAGUGAGACCAAGUCAUCCCUGCAGCAGGCAAUGCAGCUGAAAGAAUUGGUGAACAGUGCCCAACAAAGCGGUGAAAUUGAUCAGCAUUGGAGGUCAACAAGUGUCCAAACACAGGCAUGCUUACUCUUAAGGCAUAUCAGAAAGGUCUGGAUUAACUGCCACAGGAGGGACAAGGCAGUGAGCCAUACAGAAAUAAUUUUGACCAGUGCUUUAAUGGAGGAAUAUGGCUUGGAUAUUUUGCUGACUGUACUCAUAACAGAUGAUGGAGAAGUGUCCCCUGCAGAGGGCAGCAGUGAGUUGCGCCAGUUUGUCCUGCAGUGGGUGUUAAACACAUGUGUAGACAAAGACGGGACACACCCAAGGUCAAGUUUGCUGAAGCCCAUUUGGCAAGUGCCCCCCAGUCUGCUGUGCCAAGUGGCCUUUGUGUACUUCAGCUUCUACACUAGGUAUAUGGAUCACCUGACACAGUGGGCACAGUCAAUGGUAAUAGUUUAUGAUGACAUGGGGAAAGCAGGAUACACAUGGAGCCUCAAGUCACAGGAUACUGAGGACUUCUCAUACACGAAGUUAAAGCAGUGUUUUCAAGGCCUCUGUGAACACCCGCACACUGCACUAGCUGUAAGGAAAACAAUUCAGGAUUUAGCAACUAGAACAGACUGCAGUGUUAAUAUAUGGACUGAUUUGCUUAAAGACAUUCCUGUUACAUUUAAUAUUGAUGCUUCAUAACCUUCUGUGUCAAAGAUAUGUAUUUCAAAUGGCAGAACUUUAAUAACAAAAAAGAUUGUUCGAUGAAAAUGUUGGAAUAAGUGCUGGGGUAAAGAUGUUGAGGACAGAUGGUGUACAGUUUGAGUAAAAAGAAAUCAAUUGGGUAUUGCAAAGAAAACCAUUGGUUCCACCAUAAUUAAACAUCUCUUCAAUAUAACCCUUUUUAAAUGAUUUAUUCAUAAAGAUGUUUGUGUCCAUUCUGCUUUCUGUCAAAUGACGGGACUCUGUUGAAUGAAAGCUCGCUGACAGGAUGAGUAAGAGUGAAUGCCAUGAUUGUGAUUGUGCUCCUCUCAACCGAUUGUGUUAUUUUCAGUGGUUUCGAUCCUUCGUCACAAGCACAGUGGCGACCACUGUGGUAACUUUCUGUAGACAAAAAAAUCUCAAUUACCAAUCACACUAAUUUCACUAAAUGGUAUAAAUGUUGGUACAUAUGAAGUUAUAGUAAUAGUCAGUGUUUACAAAGCGAUGUCACUGUCCUAUUCAAAGGGAAAUUAAAUAAAUGAAACUGGUAUUUUUCA